AAGCUCAGGAGCAAUCUCCGGACUGGAAGAGAGGAACAAAUGAAAGUGAGGAGUUAGGAGUGUGCACACAACAGGCGGUGGUUCUGCAACUUUCUGUAAGAAAACAACUCGAGGACGUAAAACUACUCGUAGUUCUCCAGCAACAAGGAGCCGUCCUUUUCCUUCUUGUUGCUGGUAUUUGGGCGAAGCUAAGUUUUUCUCAGUUCAGAGUAAAGAAGCUGCUCGGUGUAGAAAAAGACGGUUGGUGGUCGACGGUUGGUUCUGCAGGAAUGUCGCAGAAAGAAAGAUCCGGAUUUUACCUGCAGGAGGUCAAUAAAACGAUAUGGGAAGUCCCGCGACGGUACCAGGAUCUGUCUCCGGUGGGCUCUGGCGCAUAUGGAUCAGUUUGCUCUGCAUAUGAUGACAAACUUGGUUUGAAGGUUGCAGUAAAGAAGCUCUCCCGACCUUUUCAGUCCAUCAUCCAUGCCAAAAGAACGUACAGAGAGCUGCGGCUGCUUAAACACAUGAAGCAUGAAAACGUCAUUGGCCUUUUAGAUGUUUUCACUCCUGCUACAAGUCUAAAAGAAUUCAAAGAUGUGUAUCUUGUGACUCACCUAAUGGGAGCAGAUCUAAACAACAUUGUCAAAUGUCAGAAACUCUCAGAUGACCACGUGCAGUUCCUUAUAUACCAGAUCCUCCGUGGAUUGAAGUAUAUCCACUCAGCAGGCAUCAUUCAUAGAGAUUUGAAACCUGGCAACCUUGCUGUGAAUGAAGAUUGUGAGCUGAAGAUAUUGGACUUCGGCUUGGCACGGCACACUGAUGAUGAAAUGACUGGCUACGUGGCCACCCGCUGGUAUCGUGCUCCAGAAAUCAUGUUGAACUGGAUGCACUACAACAUGACAGUGGAUAUUUGGUCGGUGGGGUGCAUCAUGGCAGAACUUCUUACUGGGAAAACUCUGUUUCCUGGCACAGACCAUAUAAACCAGCUUCAGCAGAUAAUGCGCCUGACAGGAACACCCCCAGCAGCACUAAUAAACAGGAUGCCCAGUCAGGAGGCUAGGAAUUAUGUCAGCUCCUUACCUCCAAUGCCCAAGAGGAACUUUGCUCAUGUUUUUGUUGGCGCUAACCCACAAGCUGUAGAUCUUCUGGAGAAGAUGCUGGUUCUGGAUGCAGACAAGAGAAUAACAGCCACUCAAGCUCUGGAACACCCCUAUUUUUCCCAGUACCACGACCCAGAAGACGAGCCCGAGGCUGAGCCAUAUGACCAGAGCUUUGAAAGCCGAGAGCUGGAAAUCGAUGAGUGGAAGCGACUGACCUAUGAGGAGGUGUGUAGUUUUGUGCCGCCUGAUUACAUGGAGGGUUGAGAUGAGCUGCAACCACAACCUGUCAACAUGUGCAUUAAUGUUUAGGCCUUCAGACAAACAUCAUACUAGCUAUUUCUGAGUCUUUAUUUCAGAAACCUUAGAGGUUAUCUUUAAGGAGGUCAUUUCUACCUUAAGAAAAGCAAGAACUGGACCAGCUAUGAUUAUUAUUUAUAUACCGCUAAUGCUCUUUUGUUGAGGAAUUUCACUUUUGCCAAUAUUUAAUAUGUGUUCAUGUAUUUAAUUUUUUUUCACUUUAAUUGUUGCUUUUAUUUUAAACUUCAACGCUUGACUGUGACUUCGCCUGUGCUGAUUUGGGUUUUAAACUUUUUGUUGAGUAAUUUAUAAAUAAGCUGUUUUCUAUUCAUAAAUAUGCUUGUCUACAAUCCAACUGGUAAACCUCUGGUACAAUUUUUGUUUUACCACAAUUAGUUGUGUUUUUAAAAAGGGAAAGCUUUGAAUAUUUCUGUGAAAUUCAGGACGCCUGCCUGUUCUUUUGUUGAUGCUGAUUUUAAAGCCACCAGCUGAAUUUACAAACUUUAACAUGUACUAUCUUUGAAUAAAUCUCCUGUAAUUUCUUUCACAAGUAUAUCUGAGCCUCUGCUGGUUACAUCUAGGUAAUGUGCCCGGAAAUAUGUAAAAAUGUGUCUGUUUUUGUGGUCAGAGCAUUUAUUGUUCGCAUGUACAUGGAGGCGUUCUGCGUCCAUAACUGUAGUGUUGACUUUGUGUUAAGAUUUUUAGUAUCAUGCCAUAACCUGUAACUGCUUAACAGUGUAAAACAGGGAUUUGUAUUUAUUCUAUGUGGAGUUGGUGUUUAUAAGCAACAAUCGGUUUGCAGUUUACCUGCAAUUUCCAGGCUUUUAACAAAAUAAAGACUUAUUUUUUAAGAGA